CCGGUUACGUCACAGGAAGGCCCAGCCACCGGAAGUCCCGCCCACCUGUCAAAAUUUUCACACCUCGUUUGAUUGAAGGAUGUACAUUUAGCCUCUGACCAGAUUUCCAGCAAACUAUUUUGAGACGCUUAUGCAAGGAUACCCAAAAUGAUUGAUUCAAUUCAAGUCAAAUAGUUUAUUUAAAGACAGUUCUACUAAAUACUAAGAAAAUGUAUGUAAACUUCUGGCAUUAAGCCAAUUUUUCCAGUAAACCUAUUAAGUCAGGGCGACUGUGGCCCAGGUGAUAGGAUCUCAUCCUGUAACCAGUGGGUUGCCGGUUUAAACUCCUGCUCUGUCCGUCUCAGUUGUUGUGUCCUUGGGCAAGACACUUCACUCGCCUUGCCUGCUGAUGUGGGUCAGAGGGCCGGGUGGCACCGAUUGUAUGGCAGCCUCGCUUCUGUCACUCUGCCCAGGGCAGCUGUGGCUACAAUGUAGCUUACAACUGUGAAUGUGUGAAUGAAUGGGUGGAUGACUGAUUGUAGUAUAAAGCUCUCUGGGGACUUGAUAAAGUGAUACACAAGUGCAGAUUUACCUUUACAGUCUUGUCUGAUUUAAUGUCAAGAGAAAAAAGUUUUGUGUCUUUUUAUAGUGUGUUUCAAAAUCUGGUUUCAAGUUGUGCAUGUACAUUAAACAGUUAAACACCUGCUACACAUUUAAAAAAAAUUUUUAUGCAACCAUUUUGUGUACUUGGGCUCUGGAGAUAAACUGAACUAUGAUUGGUGACGUACGUUGUAGAACUCAACAAAGGUUAAAAGAGGACUCACUGAGAGGUUUUAUGGACAGAGAGCGAUUUGUUGCAGCCUGCACAUCUCAUUAUCUUAACACACGUUCAUGGACAAAACUGAAUCAAGGGGUGACAAAGAGAAGUGCUCAGAGGGAUUUUUGAGAGACAGGUGAAUGAUGAUCAAUGCAACAAUGUUAGGUUCAUUCACCUUGUUAGGAUUGAAGAACACUACAGCAAAGUACCGCCUGAUGCUUUUUACUCUAACCCUGCUGUGUUACACUGUGAUUAUACUUGUGAAUGUGGCUCUUGUUCUUACUGUCAUAUUAGAUGAAAAACUUCAUAAACCCAUGAACAUCUUCCUGUGUAAUCUGUGUUUUAACAGUCUUUAUGGGACGACAGCUUUUCACCCUAAAUUUCUCUUUGAUCUGUUGUCCAACUCUCACGUCAUAUCUUACUCUGGUUGCCUGCUGCAGGUCUUUUUCAUCUACUCCUAUGCAACAACUGACUUAUCCAUUCUUGCUGUGAUGUCUUAUGAUAGAUAUCUGGCCCUGUGCCGCCCUCUGGAGUAUCAUUCCAUUAUGACCAAACAUAGAGUUGCUUUACUGGUGUGUUUCUCCAGGCUGGUGCCAAUGAUCUUUCCGGCUGUUGUGAUAAUCAUGACCUCUAAACUAACUUUAUGUGGCUUCCAGAUAGAAAAAUUAUACUGUGAAAACUGGUCCAUCCUCAAACUUUCAUGCUAUUCAACAACAUUAAAUAAUAUUGUUUCAUUCAUUGUCAUACUUAUAUAUAGUGGCCAUUCUCUGUUCAUUUUGUGUUCCUACAUACAGUUGGUUAAGUUUUCUUUAAAGUAUCCAGAAUGCAAGAGAAAGUUCCUGCAGACAUGCAUGCCGCAUCUAAUAUGUCUGAUCAACGUUAUCGUUGCUCUUCUUUUUGACGUCAUGUACGCUCGAUAUGGAUCAGAAUCUGUGGCACAGAGUUUAAAAAACUUCAUGGCAAUCCAGUUUCUGAUAGUCCCGCCAAUGCUCAACCCGAUCAUAUAUGGUCUGAAUUUAACUGAAGUUCGCAAAAGUUUCUUGAGACAAUGUAAGUACAACAAGCAAGUGGAGAGGUUAGAAUAA